CGUAUGUUAUUCGUUGACAAGAGAGUUUGUUGAUUCAUGGAUAAGCACUAAUUAUGAAAAAUUAAUUAUAAGUGCGGGAAACAAAGGAAUUAUAUUACCGUAAAAUUUCCAGAGUGAGAUUAAUAAUUCAUUAUUAUUAUUAUUAUAUAUUCGUUAUUUUUUCGUUAUACUUAUAUACAUAUAUUAUAACUAUUACUCUAAAAUAUUCACUAUUUGCAACACGUGACCUUCAGAGCAUAUGCUUCAAGAAACAUAGAGGAAGAAAUCAACAGAUUGUGUUUUAUUUGAAGGUGUAACAGUUACAAAUAUAAAAAAGAAAAAUAAUGCAAGACCAAUUAAAAGAGUUGGCAGUAGCCUUAUAUGAUAUUGGAGCUGUAAAGUUUGGAGAAUUUAUAACCAAAGUUGGUCUGAAGACACCUAUAUAUUUUGAUUUACGUGUUAUGAUAGCAUAUCCUCAAAUAAUGUCUAGAUUAGCAAAAGCUCUUUGGCAAUUAGCAAAGACUCAAACUGAUACAAUUCAACUUUGUGGGGUACCUUAUACUGCUCUUCCAUUAGCUACUUUAAUUUCAGCAGAAUAUAAUAUGCCAAUGUUGAUUAAGAGAAAAGAAGCUAAGAAUUAUGGUACAAAAAAUCUUAUAGAGGGUAACUUUAAAUCAGGCGAUCACUGCAUAAUAAUUGAAGAUGUAGUUACAAGUGGAAGUAGUGUUUUAGAAACUAUAUAUGCUUUAAAAGAGGAAGGCUUAAUUGUAACUGAAGUUUUGGUGGUAAUUGAUAGGGAACAGGGUGGAAGGAAAAACCUAGAAAAUAAAGGAAUCAAAAUGCGAAGUCUUUAUGAUGUAACUUUAUUAAUGGAUUGCUUGUUAGAUUAUGGCAAAGUUACACCAGAAAUUGUAAAAGAUGUAGCAAAUUAUUUAAAAUCGUGUCAAGCACCAAUUCCUUCUUUAUCAGUGAAUAUAGUGAACGAAAGAUUGAACACACCAUUUAGUAUACGUGCAAAUCAAACCAAAAACGCAGUGGCUUCUAAAUUGUUUCAAUUAAUGGAGACAAAACAAUCUACUUUAUGUUUGGCAGCUGAUUUGACAAAAAUAAAUUCUAUUUUAGAAUUGGUCGAACUUGCUGGACCACAUAUCGUGAUUUUAAAAAUACAUGUAGAUAUCAUAGAAGAUUUUUCUUUUGAUUUUUUGAAACGUCUAAAGGAAUUAGCAAAGCAACACGAAUUUCUGAUUAUGGAAGACAGAAAAUUUGCAGACAUUGGUAAUACAGUCUUAUUACAGUAUAAAAACGGAAUAUACAAAAUAGCAGAGUGGGCUGAUAUUAUUACAGUACAUCCAAUUGCUGGACCUGCUAUUAUAGAUGGCUUGCAAAGUGCCUUAAAUGGUAUUAUUGAACCACGUGGUAUUUUUAUGGUUGCUGAAAUGUCUGCAAAAAAUGCUUUAACUACUGGAGAUUAUGUACAAAGGGCAGUGUCAAUUUCUAAAGAAUCUGACAUGGUAAUUGGUCUAGUAUGUCAAUCAGAUAUUAUUCCAAACUUAGGAAUGCUUCAAUUAACACCUGGUGUUAAGUUACACAACAAUUGUGAUAACUUAGGUCAACAAUACAACACACCUGAAUCAGUUGUUAAUUCGGGUGCUGAUAUAGUCGUUGUUGGUAGGGGAAUUAUUGAAGCAACGGAUCAAUUAGGUGCUAUAUUAGAGUACAAACAACAGCUUUGGAUAGCUUAUAAGAAAAGAUUAUUGAGAUAAGUAAUAUGGGAUUAAUAUAUAUCUAUAUAUAUAUAUAUAUAUAUAUAUAUAUAUUAAACCCUAUAUAUAUAUAUAUAUAUAUAUAUAUGAAAAAUACAUUUUUAUUAUAUUUAUACAUAAGAAUAUUUGUAUAUAAUUUGGAAAUAGUACAACUAAUAUACCUAUAUCAACAAAGAAAUCAU